AUGUAUUUUAUCAAUAAUGCCGAAUUCUGCAUCGCAAAGGGAAUUGAUGGCACUGAAAUCUUCUUGGGUCUGAGAAAUGAUGGCACUGAAGUUGCUAUUAAGAGAAUUUCUAAAUGUAACAACUAUCAGUGUCUUAAGAAUGAGGAACACAUUCUGAGACUUCCAGGGUUAGAUUAUCCAUGUAUCACACGAUAUAUUGAAUUUGUAGAGGAUGACCAGUUUGGUUAUCUUUGUGUUCAACUGUUUGAACACACACUAGAUGAAUACAUCAGGGUUUGUCUAGAGUACCAGCUAUAUGAAAUUGUGCGCUCUAUCCUCAAAUCUCUGAAAGUACUUCAUGAUCAGAGAGUUUUCCACUGGGAUCUCAAGCCACAGAAUUUUUGGAUUGAUAUUACCAGAAGGGUGCGGUUGGCUGGUUUUGGCUUAUGUCGCUGGUCACCUGAUGAAGAAACAACCUUGUACACAGGCCGCGCAGAAGCAAAAAACUGGAUGGCCAACGGGACUUUGACCGGAGAAGACAACGGACCGCUUAACUGGAGCACUGAUAUACAGGGCGCCGGGAUGCUGAUUGAUUAUGUCCUCUCCAGAGGACAACAUCAAUUUCAUAUCAGUAUUCAUGAAAGGAAGUACAAUUUGGACCAGGAUUUUGAAGGUGUGCUGGCUAAGGACCUUAUUGAGUGGAUGACUGACCACAAUCCAAACAACAGACCUGGAGUGCAAGACUGCUUGAACCAUCCCUUCCUCUGGUCCCCUAAAAAGUGAAGUCUCUUUCAUCAUUUACAAUCAAUUCAUAUCAAUUAAACAGUUUUUUUACAAUCAUUUUUUAAUCAUACUUUUUCUUCAAUUUGCUGAGUUUUCUCCAUAACAUAGUUCCAUAGUAAUUUUAUUAUACUAUUUUUCAAUCAAUAUGAUAUCACAAAAAUAUUUGAGUUGCUUAUUUUUUGUAAAACGUUGGUCUUAAAUGUACAAAUUCUUUUCAGGAAACGGGAGUACUUGAUAAUUAUUGGAAAGAUGAAAGAGGUGGCAAUGUUUAAACAAGCCUCCCAGGACUCAAUUUCUUCACUGGAAGCAUAUGCUCCGGUUGGAUACUUCAUAGGAUGGAAAAUUCAGGUUUUAUUAAGAAUCGCACUAGUUUGUAUUUCUGAAGUCCACUUUAUCAGUUUUAUAAUCUCCACUAUCAUUUGGCAUUAUAGUUUCCAGCAGACUUGGUCAAGAUGAUGGACGGCAAGAAGAAAGAGCCCUGUUACACUGACAAUGCGUUUGGAUUACUGCGCUUCAUACGAAACGCCCAAGAGCACUAUCCAGAGCACAUUGAAAAAGUUGAUGUGAUCUCGGCGUUCCCUCCUCUCUUUGGAUGCGCUUACAAAUUUGCCAAAAGCCAAGGGUGGAAUUUGGAUCCA